CGUAUGUGAAUUGUUUACGUUUUCGUUUGACGGUUUACGUGCCAGCUCACCGUUUGCUCAAGUAAUUUGCAAAUGUCAAGCAUGAAAUGAGCAGAUUUGUUUAGUAUUUGAUGUGUAAGACGUGUAUCACAAUAAAAAUCAUUGAAUCGAGUGUAAUCGAGUGGAAAUAUAAAUUCGAAACCAGUGAAUUUAGUUUGUGUAUUUUCCAGUGCAUAUUGAUAAAUCGAAAUUACGUCGUGAUAUUUAUUAUUUUCGUUUUAUACCAUACAAAUUUGCAAACACAAUGGAAGGGGGCUACGAAGCAUCAAAUACAGUCGGAAAUCAGAGUGUGGACAAUCCAGAGCAAUCGCAUCAACAGGAAAUACCAAAUUCGGAACAAAUUUAUCAACAACCGCAACAUUCACAACAUCCCAUGCAAAAUCAAUCGGGUGGCGAUAGGCCAAAGGAAAUUCCAGCAGCAAAAGUACGUUCUUCGUUGGCCGAACUGGAAUUACAAGCAUCACAGGCGUUACAGCGAUUGGAAACGAUUAAAAUCAGCUCAAAUCCCGAAGUUCAGCCUGUUUUACAAGCAAGCACCUCAUCAACGACUGGGUUACUAGCAAAUGAUCGCUAUGCACCCACCGAUGUUCUAUCCUUUCUGGAAAGUAUCAUCAUCGCCAACUCGACCGAUUCGGAUGAUAAUGAUGACGGUGAUUUGGCCGAAUCAGAGUAUUUGUUGCCGGCACUCAAUGAAGUUUCACAUUUGGCACUCAUUUCACACAGUAUCAUCGCUUAUUUAAGCCACUUGGACUAUCGCAAACUCACUAAAAUCACAGCAAAAAUAUCUGGAGACACAAAUCGGUGGCUAGCACAUUUGUUUCGCUUUAUCGAUGCAAACGCUAGCUAUCACACUGACAGUACUGAAGCAAUUUUACGAGCUGUUAGGCUGGCGAUUGUAAGCCGAUGCCCAGGCUAUCUUGAGGGUGGUGUACCAGCACUCGCUAAUCCAUGUCUUUACAUCUGUGAAAAUAGUUCACAAAUUGCCUUGCAGUACGCUUGUCGUCAAUUGGGCCUUCCCGUCAAUUGUAUUCGUCUGGUUCCGGCUAACACUUCUUUCACCUCCUUUGGAACGAUGGAUAUUUCAGCAUUGCAGAAAUUGGUGGCUAGCGACAUUGCUAUGAAUCGUACGCCUUUGUUUGUGAUUGGAGAUGUUGGUGCUUCGAUUUGCGGCCAAAUUGACAAUAUUCAACGCUUGCAAGAAGUCUGUCGAACACAUUCGAUUUGGUUGCAUUGUCGUGGGCACAGUUUAGCCUCGCUGGCUAUUACUCAAGGCACAAUGCAAACCGAUGGCCAAAAUAUUCAACCAAUUGCCGAUUCAAUGUCAUUGAAUCUAGGAAGUUGGUUAGCUUUGCCCAAUCUUCCAGUUGUGUUGUUGCAUCGUCAAAUUGAAAACGCUGCACUAAAUGUCAUUGAUGCCGAUCCAGUACUCUCGAGGCGCCUAACAUCUCUGUCGCUUUGGACAAGUUUGCAGUCAUUCGGUCGUGAUGCGAUCGCCGGCCGUAUUUCGAUCGCAUUCGAUUGCUGUCGCAUGGUCUAUGAAAUCGUUUCAAAAUGCCAAGGAUUGCGUGUAUUGAGUAAAGCUCCAGGUGGCGGAACGAAUUUGCCAAUUUCCGACUUGAUUUAUAAGCCGUUGAAUAUAUCUUUGCUGUUUGAGCAUGCUGUUCCAGUGGUCGUGUUUCAAUUCGACGGCAGUUCGCGUGGCAUAAUGCCUGAGCAAACGAGCGUUUCAGAAAAUGCCGAAUCAAAAGCAUCAAAUGCACAACCAUCCGUUCAAGAUGCUGCUGCAACCAAUGCAUCGGCUGCACCAAGCUCAGAAGCACCGGUCGAUCCGACGCAACAGCUGAUGAUAAAUAAAUCUAUUGAGAAAGUGUCCAAUUUCGUAUAUUUCGAUAAAUUGAAUUCAUGGCUUGGUCAGAAUUUGCAACGUGAUUGUCCAGAAAUUUCGCUUGAAAUUCGUGAGCAUCCAAUUCAUGGCACUUGCAUCAGAUUCUGUCCACUGGAAUUGGGCUUAGCCGAUACCGUACCAUCCAUAGAACAGCUUGAAGCCUUGGAAGACUCUUUGGAUAAUCAAAUCGAUAUUUUGCGUGCAACUGUUAAGCAUAAGGCAACUCUGAAUCGUUUGGUUGAACAGAGUACGGUUCUUCGUUUGGUUCCAUUGUACGAUUGGGCCGGUUUGGGAGGCGUUCGCUUUGUUCCCGAAGGAUGGGAAACUUGGCUCACUGAUCAAGCCAAAACCGAACUAAACAAAUUGAAUGCCGAUUUAGUCGAUGCGCUGCGCGCUACUGACAAUGCCUUUUCUUUGGGUGAAGGGUCGGAUGGUUUGAUUUGUGUGAAAUUCGGAAUGGUGACUGAUGACACAGAUGUCGAAGAGCUACUUGAUUUGGUCAUAAGCGUCGGUAGGAGCGUGCAAGAGAAUUCGAGAGUUCUUGAUACAAUGUCUGAGAUCGUUAAGAAGGGAAUUGAGGCAGCAACUGCUGAUUUGCAGAGGGAAUCCGAUGAAAAACUAUGGUCUGAUGGAAUUUUAAGACACGUUCCAGUUGUUGGAUCGGUUGUAAACUGGUGGUCACCACCGGCUAAGGAAAGCGGCAUUAAGGGUCGCAGUUUGAAUUUGACACAGGGCGUUGUUGAGAGUACGGAGAAUAUUUACAAAUAUCAUAUGCAGCUGUCGAACGAUGGAAAUCCACAGAUUCAGGGUACAACCAAAAUUGCGCCACAGCCAAUGGUACAAACAUCAGUGAGUUCGGGACAUUCAAGACAAAGCAGCGCCACUUCGACCACAACUCAUUACGAUCAACCGAAUGCAUCGAAUGAUUUAGCAUCAAAUAGACAAGCAAAUGCCCAAUAAUUUGCAGUAUUUAAUUUAAAGCGAAAUAUUUUGCGAUAGGACUGUAGAUGAUUAGUUGUUGAUUUGUAUUAAACACAAAAAAGAAACGUCGAACUUCAUUGAUUGAACAUUAUAUUUAUUAAGGGCUUACAAAAUUUAUUUAAUCAAACUUUUCAUUGAUUUUCAAUACCGAUAUCGCACAUUACUUGACACGUUAUGUGCAUGUGCAUGGCGUUAAAAUCCACCUUCUCCCCCAAAUGCAUGCAUUCCCGUUAAAUUAUACAAACAACUAUGAAUAAAUUCAUUUUGGAAAGUAAUUUAAAAUAAA